GGAAAGCCCCCCUGGAUGGAUUCUACUGAUUCGUCUUGUUCCCUCCACCCAGCUCCGGACCCCGUCACCAUCACCGCCUGCAUCAGCGCCUCGGGGGGCCAUGGAGUCAUCCUCACCUAAUCCUGCCCCCCGGGAGGCUAUGAGGCCUUUGAGUUGGAGGUGGGCGGCAGGGGACUCCAGGACAGCUCCUCUCGUGGGAGAGGCGUGUGGGUGUCGGGGCUCAGGCCGGCUCAGUCCUACUCAGCCACCAUCACGACCGUCUGGGAUGGAAUGAGGGCCCAGUCUGCCUCCGUGACCUGCCACACCGAGAGCACAGGGGCCAUCGUCGGAGCCAUAGUCGGUCCCCUUCUGUUUCUCAUCCUGGUGGGCCUGCUGGUUUUCUUCCUGAAGAGGAGGCAUAAGAAGAGUGAGAAGAAACCAGCACCCAGGGAUCUGGUAUUCAGCGUCCCAGGGGGCAUCCUGGCUGAAGACUUGGCCGACCUCUUCAGGAAACACGAAAAGGACAGCGGCUGUGGCUUUGCUGAGGAGUACCAGCAACUGGCCCUGGAGGACCACAGCCGGUUCCAGACGGUGGCCUCAGCUCCGGAGAACAGCGCCAAGAACCCUUACAGACACGGGCUGCCCUAUGACUGGUCCCGUGUGCCCCUGACACCCCUCCCUGGGGAGCCGGGCUCCGAGUACAUCAACGCCAGCUGCAUCCCUGGUCUCUGGAGCCUCCGGGAGCUCCUUGCAGCCCAGGGCCCCCUUCCCCACACUGUGGGCGACUUCUGGCGCCUGGUGUAGGGACAGCGGAGCCCCACACUUCUCAUGCUGACCAACUGCGUGGAGUCUGCCCGGGUGAAGUGUGAGCAUUACUGGCCUCUAGACGCCCAGCCCUGCACCCAUGGGCACCUACAAGUGACCCCGGUGGGUGAGGAGGUGAUGGAGAACUGGACAGUACGAAACCUGAAGCUCCGGCACAUGCAAGAGCAGAAGACUUUAUCUGUGCGUCAGGUCCACUACGUGACCUGGCCAGACCACGGCGUCCCCCACUCCCCAGACCCCUUGCUGGCCUUCUGGAAGAUGCUCCGGCAGUGGCUGGACCAGACCGUGGGGAGAGGUCCCCCCAUUGUGCACUGCAGCACUGGCGUGGGCCGCACGGGCACCCUCAUUGCCCUGGAUGUCCUGCUGCGGCAGCUGGAGUGUGAGGGCCUCAUGGGGCCCUUCAGCCACGUGAUGGAGAUGUGAGAAAGCCGGCCACAUAUGGUGCAGACUGAGGCCCAGUAUGUGUUCCUGCACCAGUGCAUCCUUAGGUUUCUGCAACAGUCAUCCCCGGUGCCCGCUGAGAAGGGGCCCACCUAUGAGAACCUGCUUUUUGAGAAUGUAGCUCCUACAGAGGCCUAAGUUGUGGGAGGGCUGAGACCCCAGCCCAUCUAGACUCAAAUUCUGCAUCCCUACUUCAGCCCAGAUACCUGGACCCCUGGGACAGCAGAGGGCUGGGGUCCCACACUCCUGGGCCCUGCAGGAAGAGGGGGCUGGCAGCCUAAACUCCUGCUUUCCGGAGGGGGAGAGAGGUCAGGUGGGAGCCCAGACCCUGGAUUUCCAGUUCCUUGAAGAAGGAGAGGGAUGGGAUCUAGGAUUUCCUUGUUGUUUUUUGAGGGAGGAAGAGGCUGCAGGGUCUCAAGGAAACAAGCUGAAUUCUGAGGAAGAGAGAAGUAAUGAGGGUCCAGAAUUCUGGCCACCCAAGGAGCAAGGGCAGGCCAGGCAGGAUCCUGCCCAUGUUUUACUCCAGAAACUAAAUCAUCAGUCUUUGAGGAUCUGAGGUUUCCCUGCACCCCACUGCCUGUACAUAUUUUUUCUUUUAUCCCAUAAUUUAUUAAAUCACUAUUCUCCCCAGAGACACUUGCCCCAUUGGAUUUCUGGGUCUGGAAAUAAUAUUGGGGUGGGUUCCUGAUGUUUAGGUACUGAGGCCAACGUCCUAGGGAGGAAACUAGAGGGACUCAAAACUUGCACCUGAAAAAUGUAGGUUUGGACAGUUGAGUCUCUCGGAAAAGGCUGCAGGUCUAGGGUCUGGGCAGUGUGGACUCACUUCCCUGGAGCUAGGAGCAUGGGGGCUUGCCUUCUGGGCCCGGCCUUAGGGGAACUUAGAGGGUGGAGUGAAGUCUGUAUCGGAUUUGCUGGAGAAUUUCACGCUUAGUCUCCCGUCUGGAUAUCUGAAUAGCCGGGUCUCCGGAGAGGGUCUUCUGGGUCCUAGAACCCGAUAUCCUGGAGCCCGGUUCUAUGGACAGUCCCGGGGGCUGGGGUGGGGAGAAGGGGUCUGGAUGCCAGGUGGCUGGACUAGAAAGCAGAAAAUCCUUGGGACCAGGAUAAAUAUCCGUGGGCGCCCUGGUGCUUCCAGGCUGGGGCGGGACGAGGGCCGGGGCGGGGUUCUCCACCUUCCAAACACGCACGCGCACACACACAUACACACUCCCACACACAGGCUUUCUCUCACACACAUAUACACGCUCACACACACGCACACGGGCACAUACACACCCCGCGCCGGCUCCGUUCGGCCGAGCCCCCGCCCCACAGCGCUCCGCGAUCAGCACCCAGGACAGCGCCAGCCACACGCGUGCGGGGGCGGGGUCCGGGCGGGGCCGGCGCCUCGGUGUCUCUCGGGAGGGUCCUGUCACCGAGCAGGUAGGAGCCGCUGGAACCCCCUCCCUAAGCCCCAUCCUCAUUCCCAUCCCUAGAGAGAUGGUGUGUGUGUGUGUGUGUGUGUGUGUGUGUGUGUCUGUGCGUGUGUGUGUGGUGGCGGGGACACUGGGAGAGACCAGCAGAUGGAGUGGGAGGGCUGGAGCCUGAAACGGGGAGAAUGGGAUUUAGAGACAGGUGUGGAGACAAAGAGCCAGAGGGAAGGUAGGAGCAGGCAGUGGAAGAGGGUGCGAGACCCCGGUAGACUGAGAUCAGACAACAGGCAGAGGCCAGACAACCCAGACGGAGGAGCGGCGAGAAGCCGACGGGGAGACGGACCUCGAUGUGGGGUCGAGAGAGGAAUGGAGGCCGAGGCGGUCACGAGGACAGGUGUGAAGACAGAGCUCAGGGUGCGCGGAAGAGACAAACAAGCUGAAAAGGAUGUGGGGGCCCAGCCAAGGCAGCAGGGCAGCCGCCCGCCCCCCACAUUCCCCGCAAGAGUGGGAGAGGGAGGGCAGCCUGAGUCUUCACUCCCAGGGCCAGAUGUGGAGGGAGGAGCCAGCUGUGGGCGCGUGGACAGACGGACAGGCAAGACUGCGUCCUCCCCACCUUCGCUUGUCACGGGUAUCCGGGUCUGAGGUCCCAGGUGGGACGGGGAACCGAACCAGGUUGCGCCUCUGGGA